UAGCUGUUGCAGUGUUGCAGAUGCAGGUUGCAGGGCACAUUUUCUAGAAUAUUUUGUAGUAGUUGGGCUUCAAAAUUAUAGAAAUUUGAAUCUUUGUCGUUCAACUAUUGCAUUACCGAUUAUUUCAUUUCAUGCCGGUGAAUCCAAGAUACAAAAUAACUUAUCACUUGUAUUGGUUUGCUAAUAAUUAAUCUUAUAAAAUGGCAUGUACUACUGGCGGUGUAGAUAUCUACUGCUGUUGAAAAGUCAUUUUUCAAGUCACCCUCAUCGAGUAAUUGAAGAUAAAGAUUGGAACUGUAAUAUUGGAUAAACUGCAAGAUGUCUCUCAAGAAGAAGAGUUCUAAUCAGGACGAUCAAACCAAGAUUUUGGUGCCACGCAAUUUUCGGCUGCUAGAGGAACUGGAACAGGGUCAGAGAGGGGGCGGAGAUGGAACAAUCAGCUGGGGUCUCGAAAAUGAUGACGAUAUGACCCUCACACAUUGGACCGGCAUGAUUAUUGGCCCACCUAGGACACCGUACGAGAAUCGAAUGUAUAGUUUAAAAGUAGAAUGCGGUCAAAAAUAUCCGGAUGAUGCGCCGACUGCACGCUUCGUCUCUAGAAUCAAUAUGACCUGCGUUAAUAGUUCUACUGGCUUGGUCGACAACCGUGCCGUUCCAGUACUGGCGAGAUGGCAGCGUGAGUACACCAUCAAAUCUGUGCUGCAAGAGUUGCGUCGUCUGAUGACGCUCAAGGACAACUUGAAGUUGACACAACCGCCAGAGGGCAGCAGCUUCUAACCCCCUCCCCCUCCCCUUAUUCCCCCUCUACCUGCGCAAGCAUCUACAAAUUUCGUUGAUUUUAUUGCUACUAUAAAUAUUGGUUCAGCUGUAUAUCUCACUCCACUCACUCACACACACGCGCAUUGAAUGACGUCAUCUUGUUCUAUUUUUUGUGUUAAUUAUUAUCAUUCAUGACAACCUCUCUAAGAUCUACUGUGUCUAUGUUGAUGUCUAUAAGAUAAUACUCAACAUGACAACCUCUCUAGGAUCUACUGUGUCUAUGUUGAUGUCUCUAAGAUGUACUGUGUCAAUGUUGAUGUCUAUCUUGCAACAGCGAAUCGAUUAUACAAUAAUUAAUCAACUAUAUUAAUUAAUUAUUAUUAUUGAUAUUACAUUAUGGAAAUGGUCAGACGCUGAUUUAAAUUUCCAUUCACAAAAAA